AUGACAAAGCUUUCAUCAACUGGUACCUCUGGCAAAUUCUCCAUUUAUCCAGGCAGGUCUAUUUCUGAGGAUGAAUCUGGUGUUCAGCCAACAACGGAUGGAGAAACGGGCCCCAACCAUAAUUACCAACAAGGCAAUUCUGGAUUCAGUUCUACCAUGUCCCACGGCAACAGAAGCAGUAACAACGCCGAUACUAACGGCUAUGGCGAAGUCGGAGGCCAACUCUACGGCCGAAUGGACGCCCGAUAUAUCAUCAUAGCCGAUUUUGAUGGCGAGAUGAGGCAAGACGCCUUGGCUAUCGUACAGUUUCCUGAAAUUGGCUUUUCAGGUCUGGACGACAUGGAACAGUGGAAGUACGAAGUGCCCAUUUUGAUGAAUAACUGGGCCAGGAAGACAAUUCAUGAUCCAGUCCUCAAAGCGGAGCAGGGUAGUCAAUGCCUCAUCUACAGCAUUUAUGAGCUUCAUCAGCGCAUGCUUAUGUAUGCUCAGGACUACAUCAAUAAGGCGACAUCGCGUUCUGUCCUACCAGCAUACUCUAGCCUUCCUAAUUUUGCCCCGGGCGAAAAUUCCACCAACAGCCAAGGACUUGAAAAGGACUUUGACCUCGGGACGUUGGGCCACUCCGGGAAAAGGCGCCUUUUCUGGGCUUUUUUGCGGUAUGAGUUGACGAGCAAGAUACGACUCUAUAAAUCGGUAGUGGACCGGUUUUAUAUACCACCGCUUGAGCUUGAACGACGCAGAGGCAAGUUGCUCAACACAUGGGAGACUGAGGCCCUCUUUUGCGUUCGAGUAUACAGUUCAUCCCUUUACCGUGCUUUCUUUGUCCAGUGGCCUGAAGAUAAGCUCCCAGAUGCCGUCUUGCCUCAUGAUCCACUGCCAACCAGGUCCGAAGUGCCCUUCCAGAUGGUGCACCUUGCUCGAGCAUGGACAAAUGAAGAUGAUCGGCAAAUGGGGGAUUGGCUGUGUAUCAUGACGAGGUUCCCGAACUUUGGCUUUGACCUUAUCACAAGGCUCAUCAUCGCCACAGAGGCACGUCUGGACUAUCUUGGACUGAGCGAAUGUAUCAAGGCUUUUGCAAGCAAUAUCGCACGUCCAGGCUGUUGUGAUGAAGUUCACAAGGGACUCUCCCGCAAUUUUGCUAUACGGAGGAUAGGCGAAGAGGACACUCCUGGUUUGUUCCAAGAAAUCAUAUCCUACCAUGGGUCAUAUUAUACUAUUCCCAUUAAUAAUGCGGAGGUGUACAGGUAUCGUGCAUGGCCAUUUUUCAACCAUGCCAGAGUUCAUCCUCAAUAUCGCGAAUUCGUUCCAUGGUCCAUCGCAAAGGCAAAUGCUUCACAAACCCAGUUGAAGGGGGAGCAUCAGCAUUUGGAUCAAAACAGACAAUUAUGUACCUCCUCAGCAGCAGCCCGAUUACCAGCAGCAGCAACAACCACAGAGGCAGCAGCACCAGGGCCGACUCACCCUCAAAUCGAUACGCCUCCCCGCAUGAGACCUGGACGAGCCAUUGCUGAAUUUCUGAAGUCAAGGGCUGAAGCAAGGGAGAAUAGAAAUGGAUAUUAA